GGUUGCGUGCACAGUGAAAGUACCUAUAUAUGUAAUUCAAGCCUCGUGCGGACUCAGAAUAUGGUGGAGUACGGAUCCCUGUUGACAUUUGGCGAAGAUUUUCGAGCUGAAUCGAUUGAAGUUAAAAUUAGCGGCCGCCGUCAAUCGAUUUAAUUGAGAAGAUGGAAACAUAGCUUUCGAUUGGAACACACCAUUAGAAGGUUCAAUGAACCCUAACUAGCCGCAACCAGGAAUCAAGUGAAUAGAUCAAGAGACAACUACCUCUGAUCAACAAAUCAAGUGAAUUCUAUCGUGUUCAAAGACAAUUUUCAUAAAACGAAUCGAUUAAUCGCGAACCCUCACAAUACAACAAGACUAACUUUUUUUUUUUUAAACCAAUAACGAAUGUGAAACGCAAAUCAAGCAAGUAUUAAAAACGAUCAAAACAACGUGCCUUAUCAUAUCAAAACCAUAGAGCUACACAAAACCAAGUGAAUGCCCAUAGCGAGUCCGCACCACCCCCGCCAUCGUCAUCAUGUCCCAUUCGCACGGUCUCGCUCGGUACUCGCAGUACUCAUCCUCCGGAGGGGCGGGUCCCCAAACGAGCAGCGGUGGCAGCAAAUCCGGAGCGUCAUCGUCCAGCACUAGCUCCGGUAGAUCAUCGGUGGUGGCCACGGCACAACCUCCCGGGGGACAACCGCAGAUUCCUCCACCACCUGCGGUACGACCGCCGAUGCUGGUGACUUCGUCCGGUUGUUCGAUGCUUCCACCAAGUCCUCCACUGCCGCAGCAAUCCGGUGCGGGCACCAACGGCCCUCAACAGGCUCAGCAGCAGUGUCAAACGACGCAAACCUCGGUACCGUCGAGUCCCAAGUACUCCGCCAUGAGUAGCAGUCUGUCCGGGUCGGAUACAGACGUGUCAACCUCGACGGAGAAUCUCACCCGUGAGGAACGCUACGUGCUGCGUCAUGCCCGCGUUGAACCGCAGGGCGAAGAGAACAUGCAGGGCAGCGUGACACCGGUCAAUGAAAUUCAAGGCCGCUACAUUCCCGACAAGUUCUCCGCGAACACCUCGUCGGACUCGACGCGCUACGCCACGCCAAACAGCAACCGCAGCAUAUCGGAAAGUCGCAACGCCAUGCAUACGUAUGCCAAUACUGGGAACGACGGCUCCAAUCGGAACUCCCUCAUCAGUACUAGCUCAAAUCGGAACUCUCUGAAGGAAACCAACUCCAACCGUUCAUCGAUGGACGUCUCGCAGUCGUCGUACAACACCCUGAUCAUCCAUGACGAAGGCAUUUACUCGAUGAACCGGGAAUACUCCAGUCCUCCGCCCUACAUGAAGAAGGACCGUCCAAGAUCGUACGGUGAAUCGCAGCCUCCCAUUCAGGAGCUGUCGGAAAUUCCGGAAAAGUACCUCAGCCAGAGUCACGUUCUGAAGCACCUCGCCAAGGAAGUGAAACUACCAACACGGAACCGUAGCGAUUCGAACACCCGCGAUUCGGGCGUAUCGGAGAACACGGACUCCAGGGAACAUCCACCAAAGUACGGUCAGCACUGGGUCGGUGGACAGAAUGCAUCCACAGACGAAUCAGCUGCUGCCCAAGCGAACGCCAAACUGAAGAGCAAAAGUCAACCCGAUCUGACUCGACUGCUGGACAUCGAUCCGGAGGAGGUGGAAGCUCUGUACAAGGAGAAUCAGCUGUUGAAGCAGCAGUUGAGCAACUGCUUCCUGAAGGUGGCCAAGAGCCAGAAGCUGGAACAGGAAAUCUCCAACAUCUACCGGGUGCACGAAGAGUUGGUGCAAUCGUGCGAGCGGCGAGAACGGUUGGAGAAGGCCGCCCGCAACCGUCUGCAGCAGGACUGCCGCCGACUUCAGGAGCUGAACCGGGCCUUCCGGGAUCAGGUCGAAGUGCUGCAGAAUCAGUUGCUCUCUUCGUCGGACCAUCAGCUGGGCCGAACGCAGCAGGACGUGCUGAUCUCGCAACUGGUGACGCAAAAUAAAUCACUAGUGGACGCCAACCGGCGCCAAUGCAUUGAGCUGCAGGCCCAAAAUGCCACCCUGGAAGAGCAACGGAUUCACAUCAACGUGCUCGAUACAGCUCUUAAACGGCUGGAAGAAGAAUGCCGUCAGAAGCAGGUCUAUGUGGAACGCUGCGCUCAGCUGCAGCACGCUCUUCAAUCGCUGCAGAACGCCAGCGAACGACGGGAACAGGCCGAACGGAAGCUUCGCAUGGACUACGAGAAUGAUCUACCGAACAGAAGCGGUAGCAGUACCAACAGCGAAGCCGACAACCUCAAGUGGCAGCUGCGGGAGAAGGAUGCUCAGAUUAUGAGACUCGAAGCCGAAUGUGCCAAACUGGAGCAGCGCAACCUUGAGGAAUCGAACGUACGCAACGUUGCCAAGCUGGCGAUGGAGCGUAAUUCGCAGGAAACGGAACGAAUUAUUGCCGAGGCAAAGCAGGAGAAGAUCCGCUACCUGGACGAGGCACACGGAGCGAAUCGCAAGGUGACGGAACUGCAGACCCGGCUCAAGUUGGUUGAGAACCGAUUGGCCGAGAAAGAGGCCAUGAUCCGGGCGUACCAGGGACAGAAAAUCUAUGGUUCAACAAACUCCUACGGAUCGUACAACCUAUCGAACGAUAGCUUCGCAUUGAAUCCACUGGGAGCGUAUAACUCACAGGUAUCGUACGACGUGUCGAACAACACGUUCGACAUGGCCACUACUGCCUCGUUGCUGGAUCCGUCUGGUUACGGUCCGAACGUGUCGUCCAGCUUCACCUCGAACUAUGGACAGACGAAUCCGAGCUUCAACAAGAGCUCGAUCAACCUGCAGACAGCCGGUGGCAAUAGCUACAGCUCACCAAGCAGCAGCUCCAACUACAGUACCAACUACGGUGCCAGCGAGCACACGACCAUCUACGACUCGAAGAACUUCGACGCCCAGCGUAAAUCCAUCGACGAUCAACUCAAGCAGCUGGACGAACAGCUGCUCAGCAAGCGAGGACUAUGUUGCUUUCCAAGCUUGACCACGAAGAAACCCAUCCAACCACUGCUCUCGGAUGAAGUAUCCGUCCUAUCGACGAACAACAGCGAAAGCUUCCUGCAGAAUCUUACUCACAUCGAUCAGCGAGAUCGAGAGAGACAAGAUCGCCGCGAGCAGGACAGCGUAACUGGUGGCGUCGGUGGUGGUGCCAACGGUGGUGCCAACAACGGUGCAGGCGGUGGCGGCAAUGGCUCGAACAGUGCUGGAAACGCAACGAAACCCGAAGAUAUGAUGCUGCUGGAGAAGCAAGGCCGUUGCUCGCAGAAGCUCCGUAGCAACCAGCUGAGCAAUCUGGCUCACGUCACUCAAACGGUUGGGCAAAAUAUGACCGACAUAAGCAACAUAGGAGGGAAUAAGGUUCCUAAAAUUCUAUCCAACAUCGCUCAGCAAGCCGGAGGCAUCCUACCGCCACGAAUGGAUCGGGGAUCUUCGCUACCGCCGAGUGCACUGCCAAGACCGCCGAGAAGUUUAAAACCACCGCGCAAAAUCGAAUACGGACGACUCAGCGAUUCCGAGGGCAAGAAACGAGCGGAGACUCCUCCGAUUUCGGAUCCACAGAAGGAAUACGAACUGAAAGCUUCCAGCUUGAAACGAAUGAACGGUGGGGCGUUCAACAAGCGGGAGUUUUCACCGGGGAAAAGUUACCUGGAGAUGAAGGACUCCAUUCAGCUGGCGGCGACCAAGGACUACGGCACGCUCAAGUCCAAGAACUAUGGAUCGCUGGGAAACACUUCGAUACCAUCGCCGGGCAAAACUGAUUGCAAAUUUGGUUUUGGGUCCAAAUCGAUCGCUUCCACUGCCAAUAGUUGCGAAUUUUCCAAACCUGACUACACGUCCACGAAAAACUACCAACGACUGGAGGAACCAAGUCCGCAAUCUCGCAAGAGCUCACUGGACUCGGUCGGUAUGAAGCGUUCCUUACUGCCAAACGUUCGUAAGCUCAACUCGACCCCGGUCAAGGGCUCCCGAGAUUCGCUCAACUCCGCCUCCAGUGGGUCCAACAAUUCCAACAACUCCAAUCUCAUCUCCAGGUCCAGUCCAAUCCAUUCGACCUUGGCUCAGGCCCUGCAGCCACCGUCUUCCCUCGUCUAUCACCAUCACAAUCACCUGCACCACGGCCGGACUCCUCCGCGUUUCAUCCACCAUCAGCAGUCUACGUCUACGGAAUCAGCCAAGUCAUCGCUUCCGUCGCCGCAGUCCCCAACCGGUGGUCUUCAGUCACCAUUUUUCAACAAACUCGUUCCGAAGCCCCCACAACAGCAGCAGCACAAGACCAGCAGCAGUACGUUGCCUAGUGCCAGUAUUCUUCAUGCGGCCGUCACGGCGUCGGCCACUUCGGCGAUCGGGCAGCAGACGACGGCUUCACUACCACCGAAACCGGCCUCGGACGGCAGCGGGGGCAAGAACGGCGGUGGGAGUAGUGGAGGCUCCGGAGGUCAGCGGCGAGGAAGUAGUUUGACCCGAGGGGAGAACAAAUAUAGAAUACAGUUCUGAAUGGGUUCUGGACGCGUCCAAGGGGGAGUUUGCGCCAUGGGAUCGGAAGUAUUCUUUGUAUUAAAAGGGAAAUUUUUGUAAGAAUGCCAAGUUUUUUUCUUCCUACCGAUGUGUAUAGAUGUAGCAGUAGUAUUGGAACGUAUCUUUUUUCGAUGGAUCAAAUUUGUACACAUUGUACGUUCAGGGUAAUUGUUGGGUCUGAAUCUGGUUGUUCAAAAUUCUUUAUUGUUUCGUAGCGGAGAGGUCAGCUGUGAAAAUAUAUUGAGACAGCAAAGUUCAAAAUCUGAA